GGAAAGUAAAGUGCCUCAUUGAAAUAAACAGAUCAGCUCACUCUUUCGUUUACACGGUUGUCAGGGAGAGCCCGACUAGCAGCUCGGGUAUACUGUCAAGUUAGACGGUCAGUUAGUAUAAACGUAUAGGCCCUAGCUGUCUAGGUUAAUCAUCUUUGUUUCUGUCUGCGAACCCGUCCUCUCCAAGAGGAAAAAGGGGAUUUUCCAUUCGUCGCCCAGAAUAUCAACCAAUGGAUAGGCAUAAAGCGAGAGUGGGGGCUUUGCUCAAGAUCUCUUGUUUUGCCAGCUCACAGUCAUUCACAUCUCGCAUCGAGUUUGUAUCCAUCAUAGGCAUUCCUUAUUGUAGCUUGUGUAUGAUUCAACAAGCAAAAUGAAGAGACCUUCUGUUGAUACAAACAAAAAUGGCCUCGCACCUUCCAAAGGACACCCCUCUAUGGAUGGCAACGGAAAAGCAGAGCUCCCGCAAGCCUCGAGUGAGGAAUCCUGUGGAGUUGUUGUGGAGAAGGUGGAGCUCAGGAAAUCAAUCACGUUUGCUGGAGCUCUUGCCAUUCUUCUCACAAACUGUGGAGGCACAAGUAUCUUCAUUGUCCCUACAACCAUCUUGGGCUAUGCAGGGUCUCCAUUUAUGGCUCUCGUCAUCUGGCUAGUUGGAGGAAUUGUCCAAGCCACAUUAGCAUAUUGUGCCUCAGAACUGGCUCUGAUGUUUAUGAAGGCUGGUGGUCCGUACUACUUCAUUUAUCAGACUUUUGGAGAUUUAGCUGGAUUUGUGUUUAUAUGGGGAUUCCUUAUUUUCAUUGCUGCGCCCGCAUGGGCCCUUGGAUCUUAUACAACAAGCUUGUAUCUGCUGUCAAUAGUAUUCAGGGAUUGUGCAAUUUCUGAUGGUCUGGUCAAACUUGUUGCUGCAUUUAUUAUUGUGACCUUUAUUGCCAUCAAUUGCACAUAUACCAAAGUUGUGACGCAAAUCCAGAAAUUCUUUACUGCUGCAAAAGUGCUGGCUUUCAUCAUCAUUAUCGUCACGGGAUUUGUCUUUAUCCCCACAGAGAGUGCCCAAGAACACCUCGAGGUGUUCACGGAAGGAAGUACCACAGAUGUUGGCAGGCUUGCGUUGGCCAUGUUUGCUGGAUUCUUUUCUUUUGGUGGAUGGCAGAUCAUCACUAUUCUGGCCGAGGAAGUCAAGAACCCGGAAAAAGUAAUUCCCAGGGCGCUUGGUUGCACCUUCCUUGUGCUCAUCACAGCCUGUGUGGCCACCAACUUUGCCUUCUUUGUCGUUCUCUCCAAGCAAGAAGCUUUCAAGUCGGAUGCAAUAGCUGUGAUAUUUGGUGAGAUGGUUCACCCUGCAAUGGCCAUAGGACUGGCUGUUCUGGUCUCUGUGUGUUCCAUUGGCUCUGUGAAUGUUCUUAUCAUGGGACAACCCAGACUGCUGUAUGCUGCUGGCCUCAACGGCCACAUGCCCCGCAUGAUGACUCUGCUCCACAUCAAGUUCAAGACUCCGUGGAUAGCCACCAUGACUUUGGGCAUACUGGGCUUUGCUACACUGGCAUCUGGCACUGUUGCAUCCCUUGUGGAAACCAUUAGUUUGUACUCAGCAUCCAUGAUCUUCGCUUUGAUGCUCUGUCUUCUGUUCUUGAGAUGGAAAAGACCUGACGCCAAACGGCCAUUGAAGGUGCCUAUCGUGUUUCCAAUAUUUGGUAUGAUAUUGACAAGCCUUUUGAUAGCGAUGUCUGUUUACGAGAAACCAAGAGAGCUUGGGAUGGUGAUCCUCACUAUCAUUUGUGGGGUACCGGUCUACUAUGUCUUCGUCAAGUGGCAGAGGCCUGCUGGAUUCUUCCGAGCCAUUGAUGUGUUGACCACUCGCUUGCAAAUCCUCCUUCAGCUUAGUUUUCCUGAGACUUAGAGGAACUAUGUAUGCUGGGCAAGCGAUGUGUAUGGACUCACAGUGGUGAUGUGAUGGUCAUUGUGUAUGACCUUGCUGACCCCACUGUAUGUACGGGCAUUCCAAGAAAAUGGAGGACCAAAAUCGUGUAGGAAUCGGGAAAAGUUCCAAAAUAUGAGAGUUAAUCCCACAGUGUUGUAUGUUCUGUUAGAUUUUCUGUGUUAGUCGGCUUCGGUGCUUAGAAGUGUUUUUUAAACAUUGUUGUGCAUAUUCUAAAAAAGCUUUGGCUAGUCUUUUAUUUUGCUAUUACUUUGGAUCUUCAUAUGCUUUCAAGGAGCUCUGUGUUUAACAUGAAUCAACUUGUUCAUCUCACUUUGUGUAGUGAUAAUGGAUUAGAGCUUAAUUAAUUUUCAUUUUUUCCUUUAGUCUUGUAUACGUGCUUCUUCUGUUAUCAAAAGAUAGUAGGGAGUCUUUGCUUUUUUCCUGAGAAUUUUAUUUCAAUAUAUCUCAUUUUCAUGGAGCAAUACGUCCACAGCAAUAUAUAUGUGUUUGUGUAUGAAGCACUCUCAAACAUUCCUGCCUCACAUAAUUUUCGUAUUGUUGUACACCAUACUGACCUUUUAAGAUUCCUUUCUUUGUUUGCUCACUACAGUCUUACAUUUGUUCUUUUUUCCCACCUUACAGCAUUAUUAUAAAAGCAAGUACGAACCUGAACUGUUGUUUACUCACUCCUGACUUUUAUUAUUUUUAGGCACACAGGAUUGCUGUCAGUCGUGACAUUGACAAUUUGAGAUUUUGAUUUAAGAGUACGAAGUGAUUUUUAAUCAAGCCAAAGGGUUUGAUUUUGAUAGAAACUGUUGCCCCGACUCUGGUUCAACAUGGUCAAGCUGUUUCUGACUGGUGUAAUACUUACUUUGAACAGAAUCGUGAAUUUUAAAUAUUUGGACGGAUUUUGGGCCUUUAUUUCUACUGUUUGUCCGAACUUUGGGGACCGUAAAGGAUUAGCAUGUGUUGCAAAGGGUGAGAAUUUAUACUGUGCCUAUUCUGAAGUAAGAUAAUAUGACUUGCAAGAUUGUUAUGGAUGUUCAGUUGGAAGUAAUUUCAACAGAUUACCUGUGACUGUGAUAUCUCCUCGUGUGAUUCUCAGUUUUGACCAAACUUUUUUUCCCACUUAAUUUUUGGCCCUGUUUUUUUAGAUCUCAUUUUUACUGGUGUUUCCAAAUAUUUCAUUGUCCCUAUAUUUUCAAGACUUUAUAUCAAGUCAUGUUACUUUUGUUGACUUUUUAUCACAUCAUGUUCUUCGUGAUCAUGUGUCCUUUUGAGAAGAGAUGCACUUUUGUAUCUUGCCAUGUUUUAAGUUCGGCUGUGACCUUUUUUUAUUACUGGGACAUUCAUUCAAUUUUUUAAAAGUAAAAAGUGAGAUGGUGCUGCAAAAUCUGUACCCCUCAUUAAAAAAAUACGCAAAUCUGGUCGUCAGGUGCUUCUGUUUACAACUUUUUACAACAGGGUAAUUCAUUUUCUUGUGUGUAUAAUAAUGAUAAUAAUAAUGAAAAGUUAUUGUAAUAAUGAUUCUAGUAAUGAUGAUGAUAAUAAUAAUGAUAAUGAUAAUUUCUAAAGAGCCCAUUCCCAUACAAAACAGCUCUUGGCGCUUUCCCUUAACACCGAAUACAAAAGCAUGAAAGGUAUAUAUACUCUCUUUCCAUUAACACUUUUGCGUAAUCAGACAUUCAUACUAUCACAGCACAAUCGAUGACGAUAUUCACAUGACAUUAAGAACACAAGAGUGGAAAGAGUACUAUGAAUAGGAAAGACUUUUUGACAUGUUUAUGAAGCUUUCAAUUUAAAAAAAAAAGUGUUAUAUUGCUGGUUUUACCAGAUGUGUACAUGACUUCCGAAAUGUUUUAUUUUGUUAUGAAUGUAUAUAUCCAAUAUAUAUAGAUCAUAUUCACUUCAGCAAUAAAAUGUACCAGAUUGGUGUUUCUUAUCAUGUUUUAUUACAAUAUUGCUCAAUGUUUUGUUUCAUCGUUCAGUGUAGCGCAGUGUCCAAAUGUGCAGUAGGGUUGACCUGCACAAGGUCAUGUAAUUAUUUGAGCAAAACUACUUGAUUGUGUAUUUUUAAUACAUAUAGGCUACAUGUAUCAAUGACUGACUGUUCUAUAUUUAAUGGUGAGGGUUGAGGGGGGAGUCACACCUAUUCUAAUGGCCACCUGUCCAAAACUGUCACCAGUACAAAUAACCAUUUCCCGCCUAUUUCCCCCUUAGCAUUUUUCUAUGUUAUCAUGACACGGUCAAAACAUCUACUUGUCUAAGACAACUACUUUUUUUCUCCCCGACAAUUAUUUUGUGGCCAUCUUAGACAAUUUCCAUUGUAUAUUCAUAUGUAAAUCAGCAAAGGAAUCACAUUGAGGAUAACAUUCCAGUUACUAAGUAAUGAUAUUACUUGUGGUAAGCUGUAAACAAGUCAAAGCAUAGAAAUAUGUUAGGCCUUUACCUUAAAAAGACCUGUACUUUGUAUAAGUAGUACUAGUUUGGUUUUAUGGCUUUAUCCAGUGCUAGGAAAACAUAUAUC